AAGGGGAGUGUUGUGAUGUUGUGAGCCCUUGGAAACAGUUUCUGUUUGUUCUCAGCAAACAUUUUAUCAGCUGAGGAACAUGUUGUUUUAGCACAGUGAGUAAGAACAAAAUGGACUGAAGUGUAAACAAACAUUAACGCAGGCAGUCCUGGGCCCUAUUUCAGAAAGGAGGGUUAACAAGCUCUGAGAAGGCAGUUACUCUGAAUAAGCCUACCCGGCUCUCUGAUACUCAGGGUUUUCAGAAGGGGAGAACCUCACUUUAAGAACCUUAAAAUGACCAUUGUUGCUUACCACUGGAAUUAUACAUUUCAAUGAUGCCAAAAGGAUAAUAUAUUAAAAAACAAAGGCAAUACUGUUGAUGCUGCAAUACCAACAAUGUUUGUAGUUUCAAUUCACAAUUAUCUAUAGUCUGAUGGUGGGGGUGGGGGGGGGCUCUUGUUUAAAAUGCUACAUUACUCAAUAUAAUUCACUUAAAACUGAACAAUUUGUGCUUGAUACCAACAACAUAAAACAGGAAAAAAAAAGAUAUUUAAUGGAGAGCACAUGUCCGAGAUAGAACACCAUGCGUCCAUGACAGGUAGAGACACACACUAUUCUGCUAAGGAGAACUUUAUAGACAUGAGUAGCCUAAUUGAUCCACAUCCACCUCUGCUGUUGAUCAGCUUAGGUGGUACAGUAACUUUCCCGACAGCAUCCAGUUGGUAUAAAAACGAAGCAGCACAAAGAUAACCUCUUUGUUUCAAUGUGACUACAGGCGGAAAUUUAAUUCAAUCAAUCAAUCAAUCAAUCAAUCACAUUUUAUUUGUAUAGCACAUUUCAGCAGCAAGGCAUUUCAAAGUGCUUUACAUCAUUAAACACAAAAGCACAGAGUUAUGCAACAUUGAAUCAACAAUCAAAAACAUUAAAUUUCCUGCCGAGUCGAAGUUCUGCCCUCAUGGGUACCUCAUCAAAAAUGGGGGGACUUCCUUGAGAUAAAUUGAAAACGGUAACGCUUUAAAUAACCCGGAAACGAAAAACAUCCACUCGAGGUGUGAUCGCCCUCUUCCGAUAGAGAAUAUAUCCUGUCCAACUUUUACAGGCUCCCACAGGAAAGGAAGCACCGUUUCUGAAACUUUCCUUGUGCCAGCCAGCAAAAUGAUAGGACAAACUCAGGAUUUCCUCAAACAAUCAUGAUGCCGAGCAGAGAUGGUUCGCGAAUGGUGACUGGUGCGUCAGAAGGCAUAGGAAGAGCUUAUGCAUUUGCACUUGCUGACCGAGGAAUGAAUGUUGUCAUCAUGAGUCGAACUAAAGCAACGCUGGAAAAGGUGGCAGAGGAAAUAGGUGAAACCACAGGACGGAGGGUGAAGGUGAUUGUGGCAGACUUCAGUGAGGAGAAUAUCUUCAGGGAAAUAGAGGAAGAGUUAAAAGACCUUAACAUUGGCGUUUUAGUUAACAACGUUGGGGUGCUCCCCACCUUCGUCCCCUGUAAGUUUCUCGAUUCUGAGGAGCUGGACAAGACAAUAACGAAGGUGAUAAACUGCAAUGUGAAAACGUUGUGCAAGAUGUGCAAAAUAAUCCUCCCAGGCAUGGAGAACAGGAAUAAAGGGGUGAUCAUCAAUGUUGCUUCAGGAAUUGCCUCUUUUCCCUUUCCACUCUAUACCCUUUAUGCUGCAUCAAAGGUCUUUGUGGAAAGAUUUUCUCAAGGUCUCCAAGCAGAGUACAGAGAUAGCGGGAUCAUCAUACAGGCAGUGGCUCCUUUCGGGGUCUCCACUCGGAUGGCGGGUUUCCAAAAGACGAACAUGGUGACUCUGCUGCCAGAAUACUUUGUACAAAAAUCCCUGCAGUACGUCAGAGCUGGAGACAAAAUCAACGGCACUGUCUGCCACACACUCCUGGCCUGGUUGCUGCAGUCUAUUCCUCUUAAGCUUGUCUAUGCUGAGAUUGUGCUGCAAGGCUUACAGGACUACGUUAAAAAGAAAACAGGUCAGAGGGAGUCACUUUCUGAGUCAAAAAUGGAAUCUAAGAACGGUAUGAAAAAAUAGGAACACAUGAAAUUGUUGAAUCCACUUUUAAUUAUAGAACUGAUGGAUGCUGUGAACAACAGAAGGAGUUGAUUAUUAUGAUUUUUUUGUGUGUGUGUGUUUUUGUAUAUACAUAUUUAUGGCUAAAAUUAUAAAGACCUACGAUUUAUUGUUAUUUCCAAAUGUGUAAAAACAAACCCUCAAUAAAUGAAGCAUAACUCACUAACGCGCAGCUACAUAGCUUUAUUGUACAAACUGCUUGUACAAUAAACAACUGUUUAAAUAUAGGUUUUGUCAUAAUUCCUGUUUCUUUGUGUUUUAUGUCCUGAUUUAUCAAACUAUGUUGUAUCUGCUAAAGUGUUGUUCAAAUAGAUGUCAGGUAAAUGUAUCACAAGCGAUUAAAAAUAAAAUGCAGCUCUGUAUAACUCGUCA